AAUGCCAGAGCCUUGUUUUUGAGCCUAUAAUGCCCCUAGGCGAGAGGGACUAAUGCCAGUUAAUGUAUAACCGUCUUCUUUACCUUUCACCCUUUUUCCACAUUCAUUCUCUAUUUUCUUGGGCACCUGCCACUCCCACAGUACACAGACCAGGAAGAAAGAGCCUUUGAAUACGAGUGCGAAAGUCAGAGACGACACACAACCUGGCAUAAUUCCUCAGCAAAAUGAAAGAUGCCUGGUCCCUCUGGGUCUCAACCACACUCUGUGCCUGGAUCCUGGUAUCAGGACAUCCCUGCAGCAUUGAUGAACAGGGAUGGGCUGCCUGCAGUGGAAAGAGCCUUCUCCAUGUUCCCAAAUCCCUUCCCAAGCACAUCACCAAUCUGGAUUUGUCUUUCAAUUCUUUAACGGUACCUCGGCAUGGAACCUUUCUGAGAAGUUUUCCAUCUCUGCGCUCUCUAAACCUCACCAGCAAUGCCAUUCCUACACUCUAUCCAUCCCUCUUUUUUAACCUUGCUACUCUCUACCUGUUGGAUUUAAGCAACUGCAGCAUUUCCCAUGUGCACCCAAAGAGCUUCUUUGGUUUAAAAACCCUUCACACGCUCCUCCUGAAAAACAAUAAACUCCAAUCUCUGGAUAUCUCCAUCUUCCCUGGUUCUGGAGCCCUUGUCUAUCUGGAUAUGCAAAACAACAAGCUGUCUUAUACAAAUGAACUUGCUGUAUUAUUUGUACAAAAAAUCCAUCAUGUCAACCUUCAGGGGAAUCCUUGGAUGGACAAUUCCUCCACCAUUCCUUUCCAAGAAGUGCAAAGACAAGAUAAACAAACCUUCUAUGAGUUACACCCAGAACACAAGACUCAAAAGAUUAGGAUACUGGAUGAUCAGGAACUGAGCCACAGAGCAAAAAUUCGGGUUCCUCGUGCUCAAAGCUCAUCAGUCAGUUCAACACCUGAGAAUGACACAUCUACUAGCACACCUCCCCUUGAGAAGACUGGGAGGAGCUGGCCAUACUUUGCUGGUUUUAUUCUUUUGGCAGCUGGGAUAUCCAUCUUGAUUGCACUGGUUGCCAAAUGCAUUUUGCUCCGAAGGAACCGGGCAAGUUACCAGCACCAGCGGCUUCCAGAUUCCCGAUCUGUUGGAAGCAGCCAUGCUGAGGAAGCUGACAUGGGGGUGGCUUACGGCAGGAAUCCGCCUGGUGCAGGCUGUCCUGCUGACGAUGACGACGGUUUCAUUGAGGACAACUACAUUGAGCCCAACAGAGACAUGCGGGAAGAAGAGGAGGAGGAGGAAGAUGUGGAAGUGGAGGAGGAGGAACUGGAACCACAUUUCAAAAUUUGAGAACCUAUUUGGAAUCAAGGCCCAUUUUUUUAUAUUUUCCAGAAUGUGUUCUGAAUACCAUUCCACUUCAUUUUAUACAUGCUUCCCCCUAGUGAUCUCAUUGCAGCAUCUCCUUUCCAUUUUUUGACUUGACAGUCUUUGGCCUCCCACCCCUGAUCACAAGAGUCAUUUGAUCAGCCAAUGGCUUUCCAAGCUGCUUCUCAGAAGGAAUGUGCCCUUUCAGUUCCUUUCAUUUGUGUACUUUGAGCUUGUCCAUAUGAUCACUCCCAUAUUAGGUCAGCUAACAGACCAAUGUAAUUUUAAUAGUGAACUCAGAUCACUAAGCAAAGUGCAGUUUUUAUGUGUAAAAAGUUGUUGUCCUAAAACUAUUUGAACAGGUAGACAUGCAAGAUAAUUUACUAGUAGGAGCUAGUUUACUAGUAGUCUUGAAGCACAAGAGAGAGGGUGGGGAUGAUGAUAAGACAUAGACAGAAUGACUUUGCAUGGUUUGAUGUAGAACCCUUUGAAAACUUGCAGUUCUCAAAAAAACUGCUCUCAAAAUCCUUUAAUUUUCAGGCUGGAAGAUUAUGGAAACAAAAAUAUUAACCUUCCAUGUUAAAUAUUAACAUGCAGUUCGAUGCAAAGUCUGUACUCAUGUGAACAAAUCUCCAUGCUCUCCUUUAUCCUUUCCAGUUUCUACAGGGUUCAGUGUCAAUGUUCUUCUUGCUGUUGUUCAAGUAUCUCUAGACUGAAAGAAGUAAUGCAGUGAAGAUUGUGAGAAAGGAUGCAGCAAGAUGUUGGAAAUGCAUUGUGUCCAUCUCAUCUAGGGAGGGGUUGCUCUAAGAAUAUAAGGGUGUUAUGAGAAUGGUCUCUCGCUGUACCCAUGUCUAGUCUGUAGUCCAAGCUUGUGAGUGCUGUCACAUAUAGAAGGCCAAUAUGCAGCACAGAAGGCAAAAAAAAAUAUUACAGUAGAGUCUCAACUUAUCCAAUGUUCUGGAUUAUCCAACACAUUUUUGUAGUCAAUGUUUUCAAUGCAUUGCGAUAUUUUGGUGCUAAAUUCAUAAAUACUGUAAUUACUACAUAGCAUUACUAUGUUUUGAACUACUUUUUCUGUCAAAUUUGUUGUAUAACAUGAUGUUUUGGUGCUUAAUUUGUAAAAUCAUAACCUAUUUUGAUGUUUAAUAGGCAUUUUCUUAAUAUCUCCUUAUUAUCCAACGUAUUUGCUUAUCCAACAUUCUGCCGGCCCAUUUAUGUUGGAUAAGUGAGACUCUACUGUAAUUGUAGUUUUCAAAACAGUAGAGACUCAAUAAUGCAUUUGGUGCAGGGAACCCAACAUAUAGCCUUCUACUAAUUGACACCAGAGUCACUCAUAAUAACCACAAAUUUCACAGAUCACCACUUGAAGAAACACCAUUACAGGUAAGCAACUUGUUCUUCCCCUGAUUAAUAUGGAGGCAUGUUUGGCUGCCAUGGAAUCUGACCAUACAAAAGAGUGUAUGCCUAAGGCUAGUUUCUGACUUUUGCAUCAAGAAGAGAGGAUCCCUAACUCUGAACUCAUUGUGCAUUUUUGGCUGCAAAAUGUACAUAGGAGUUCUGUUUAUUGAUUGCAUAAUGUCUUUAAUGUGUGAAUAUUUAUGCCUCAAAGCAAUUUUUCUAUCUGUGCUUGGCAGAAUUUAAAUCACGUUUACUUAUUUCUUCAUAACAGAUAAUCUACAGAGGUUUUGUAAAUAGAACUAUAGUAACCCUUCUUCGUAUUCGUUUUUUAAAUGUCUUCUGAUGUAAUUGUGUUUGACUGUCCAUUGGCUAUUUCCAUGGUUCAAUCAAGUUCUUGGCUCUAAGAAUAGAAUCCUGCUGUACAUAUGAUGCAUCACAUUAUGGGACCUUUUAGAUGGUUGGUGUAGGUGUGUGUGGUGUCUGUGUCUCCCGUAAGCUGUGCUUCUGUUGUGACGAUAUUUAAACCACAAUUUUAUAUCUGAGAAAAAUGUUAAGAAGUCUAUCCAUUUUUCCACUCCAUUUCUAGAGUGACAGCCAUGCUUCACUUUUGUAUAGUGCAUUCAUACAUAUUUAUUGGCAAGGACGUACCCCUGUGUUAUUGGGGGGCAGAACCUAUCCCCCAAUAAAUCUAUUUAACAUUAUCUCUUCCUGGGUGAAAGGUGGGGUAUAAAUCCAACAAGGUUUCUGGUAAUCUGAACCUGAAGAACGUAUCAGAAAAGCAAAAAUAAAAUAUAGUCAUGUCAACUUAGAAUCAUAGAAUCAUAGAAUAGUAGAGUUGGAAGAGACCGCAUGGGCCAUCCAGUCCAACCCCCUGCUAAGAAGCAGGAAAUCGCAUUCAAAGAACCCCCGACAGAUGGCCAUCCAGCCUCUGCUUAAAAGCCUCCAAAGAAGGAGCCUCCACCACAGCCCAGGGGAGAGAGUUCCACUGCCAAACAGCCCUCACAGUGAGGAAGUUCUUCCUGAUGUUCAGGUGGAAUCUCCUUUCCUGUAGUUUGAAGCCAUUGUUCCACGUCCUAGUCUGCAGGGCAGCAGAAAACAAGCUUGCUCCCUCCUCCCUAUGACUUCCCCUCACAUAUUUGUACAUGGCUAUCAUGUCUCCUCUCAGCCUUCUCUUCUGCAGGCUAAAUAUGCCCAGUUCUUUAAGCUGCUCUUCAUAGGGCUUGUUCUCCAGACCCUUAAUAAUUUUAGUCGCCCUCCUUUGGACACAUUCCAGCUUGCUAACAUCUCCCUUUAACUGCGGUGCCCAAAAUUGGACACAGUAUUCCAGGUGUGGUCUGACCAAGGCAAAACUUCAUAUUUGGUAGGUUAAAUAAAGCAAUGGGGCUUUUUGUGGGGCAUAAACAAGCCUUUUGCUUUGCCUCAAAGCAUUUUUCUUUCCCAAUUUGAAUCGGCAAUUUGUGGGAAAGACUAGGAAAAGAAAAUAAUUGCCCCAAAUUAGGUGUUUACACUUGCAAAUUCCAAGUCUUACCUCAAUGCAAAGCAAUUAAGAGCACUCCAUUUACUGUUCAGCUUUUUGAUGUGGCAAUGCAAGUCUAAUAUUUUCAAAGUGGGCUGGGUGGGACUUGAGAUCAAGAAAUGGCAAUUUACAUUACUCAGGGUGCAAUUAGCAUUACUGAACUGCAGUAUGAGGUACAUGCCAUUUCAAUUUUAAGAAGCUACCUCUAGGCUGAUAAUACAAAAAAUAACUGAAUAAAUGAAUUGGAGUAGCCUCCACACUAAUCAGUCUGUCAUAGUUUGGUUGUUCUAUGAAUAAACACACUCCUAUGUUUUAAAACCA